GCCGAGCGAAUCCCUCGACGGCGGCGGCCACCGCAAAAUCGAACAAGUUGUUCCCGAUAACGGACGGUGUGUGCUUUUUGGGGGACGGCUCAGACGGCUUCGGGAGAGGCGAAAGCUCGCACACCGUUAUCAGCUGCUCGUCGUCGCCGUCUUCUGAACCCACGUCGUCACAGAGGAAAAUCCGAGUGAAAAGUUGGAUUUUCCUUUUUGCGGAGAAAGGUUUUUCCGGAUUUACGCAGUGAAGUCACGUUUGGUUUUUCGAGGGGUUUUCGCGAACGGGUUCGGAACUGCCGGAUCGUCCGGCAGGGAGCAGAAAUGCCCAGCGUCAGAAGGAUGAUCCUGGGCCACGUAAUGUCCGGGCUGUGCAGCAAGAUGAACCGGACUAAGCAGCUUCCGGCGGACCUGAUGGAGACCCCGCUGAACCGAUGUCUGAACACAUUCGAUAUCACGCUGCUGGGAAUCGGCCACAUGGUGGGCGCCGGCAUCUACGUCCUAACCGGAACCGUUGCCCGCGAGAUGGCCGGCCCCGGAAUCGUGCUGUCGUUCAUCCUGGCCGGCAUGGUUUCGAUGCUGGCAGCGCUGUGCUACGCCGAGUUCGGAACGCGGGUUCCCAAGGCCGGCUCGGCCUACGUCUACACGUACGUAUCGAUUGGUGAGUUCUGGGCGUUCGUCAUCGGUUGGAACAUCCUGCUGGAGCACAUGCUGGGGGCGGCAUCGGUGGCACGUGCCUGGAGUGGUUACGUCGAUUCGAUGCUGGGCAACAUUGUGGCAAACACAACGAUGGAGAUUACCGGCGAGAUGCACGAGCAGCUGCUGGCCAAAUAUCCGGACUUUCUGGCGUUUGGCGUUUGCAUGAGCUAUGCGAUUGCGUUGGCGACUGGAGUUAAGGCUACGGCCAUGAUUAAUAGUAUUUUGACCACGGUAAACGUAAUCGUGAUGGCCCUGGUGGUUGGGCUGGGCUUUUGGUACGCUGAUGCUGGAAAUUGGUCACUGCCCGAGCAGGGAUUUUUGCCGUAUGGAUUUGGAGGAGUUUUGGCGGGAGCGGCCACGUGUUUUUACGCGUUCGUUGGCUUUGAUAGCAUUGCUACUUCCGGUGAAGAGGCAAAAAAUCCGAGCGUUUCCAUUCCGCUGGCCACGAUUCUUUCGUUGUGUGCCGUAACCAUUGGGUACGUCCUGGUGAGCGCAGCUUUGACGUUGAUGAUACCGUACAACGAAAUCAAUCCGGCAGCUGCUCUUCCGGAUGCCUUUGGGACACGUGGUAUUGCGUGGGCCAAGUACGCGAUUUCAACGGGAGCUAUUUGUGGAAUGACCACAACUCUGCUUGGAUCUCUGUUUGCUCUGCCGCGAUGUCUGUACGCCAUGGCCAGUGAUGGAUUGUUGUUUUCCUGCUUUGGAAAGGUCAAUACCAAGACACAGGUUCCCUUGUUGAACCUGGCGGUUUCAGGGCUAUGUUCGGCUUUGUUGGCACUCCUGUUUGAUCUGGAGAAGCUCGUGGAGUUCAUGUCCAUUGGAACCCUUAUGGCGUACACCAUCGUCAGUGCCAGCGUAAUUGUCCUUCGCUACAGACCGAUAGCCGUGGAGGAGACUGUCCACCUCGCUCCGGAUACCCCAGGAACGGACGAAGAAGAAGGCGCUUCCUCUUCUUCCCAAUCGAGUGCCAUUGAUCCGUCUUCACCGACCAGUGAAAUGAUUGAAAUAGCCCUAGCAGGACGUCUGCGUCCUCAGUUCCGCUGGUUAGAGCCGGUUCUAGGACGUUGCGAGCCUGGAGUGGCCUGUUCCGGGGCAGUACUCCUUUUCUGUGUGCUUAGCGUAGCGAUUUGCUUUCAACUACAGGCUUCCUGGGAUGACCUUUACAACGGCGUUUGGUGGGCUCUUGGCCUCUAUGGAUUCCUGCUGUUCUGCCUAGUCGCAUGUAUCGUAGUAAUUUCGGCCCACCACCAAAACACUCGUGGACUCCAGUUCAAGGUCCCACUGGUUCCGUACAUCCCGGCGCUGAGCAUCUUCUGCAACAUCGAACUCAUGGUCCAUCUGAGCUUCCUGACGUGGCUGCGGUUCUUCAUUUGGCUUUCGAUCGGAAUGCUGGUGUACUUCCUGUACGGAAUCCACAACAGCAAGGAAGGUGAACUAGGCGUAACCUCCUAUUCAAUGUUAAUGUCCACCCAGGAGGCGAUCCGGGGCUGGGGCGCAACGCACUCGGCCGGACUGACCGGUGGAACGCGGGUCACGGUGACCAAGAUCGUAAAGGGCCGCGUUAGCCGGAAAAGUGUCGACAAGCAAGCCAUCAUCGACGACGACGAUGAUGACUCCUAAACUGCAACUAACAAGCAAUUUCUGGAUAGUAUUCAUGAGGAAUUUUACGUUCUAUACGCUUCAGGUGGCACAAUUAGCCGAACGUUUUCGGUUUACAGAUAUUCAAGGCAACUAACUUUAUAAAGCUUCCACUUUGGAAAACGAGAACAUCCUUGCACAAUAUUUUUUUCUCUCGAAUCAAUGCACAACAAAUAAUCUACCAUGAAAACCAUGAAGAUAAUCUGAAAACCAAUCACUUGCAUCAAAUUCGAUUAAACUGUUUAAUCCAGUUUAAGCUCAGUUAGAUUUAGUUUAUAUAUUACCGUUAGACCUGUUAGUACCUGUUCUCGAAGACCUUUCCGUCUCCAUUAAACAAAAUGUAUUAACAUUAUUUUUAUAGAGAGAAUUCGAUUCUUUAUUGUGCUCUUAAUAAGUUGGGAUACAAAUAGAAGUUUAUUUUAGAAAUAUUUACCUUCUACAUAUGAUAGACUAAAAGUGUAGAAACCAACAACAUUAACAAUAAUCUAGCAACAAAUACACUUCUGCGGAAAAUAUGCUAACAAUAACACUUAAUCUGUAUUGAGCAGCUUUUCGUGGGUCAUUUUCUGUCGACUAUUGGUCUACACACUCGAUAGCUAAAUGAUAAAGAGUACAUUAUUCAUAUUACAAAUAUUAUAUACACAAUCACACACAAGUCACACAAAUAUACAUAUAUUUAUAACACGUAAGAACUAGUAUAACUAACAUCACACAUACCACAUAAAAUAUUACAAACAAUACGUAUUGUAACCUAAAGAACACAAACAAAUAACCCAGCGACACAAAAAUUUGGUGGAAAUUGGAAUGUUGAACAUGAGAAAAAAGCGACAGAUCAAUUAGUAGUGAAUAUACAAUAUUCUUUUAACAAAUUCGUAUUUUCAAUAUAACAGCUGAUGGUGUGAACCUCUACUCACGACGAUCAACUUGAAGUUUGUUAGGUACACCAUUCACGAAACACAAGAAUGAAAAUAAAAAGAUACAGAUCAUUAAUGUACUACCGCUACAUAUUGUAUAUCAACAGAUGUAACUGAAGUAACACAAUAAAAACGCUAUCCUUUCUGUA